GGGGGCGGGGCCUGCGCGGGCCAUGGCGGCCGAGGCGGCGGAGCGGCACCUGGAGCUGCUGCGGGAGGAGCGGGAGGCCGAACUGGAACAGAGCAGGGCAUGGCAGGAGAGCGUCUCCCUGAAGGAAUUGCAGCGGAGGGGCGUCUGCUUGCUCAAGCUCCAGGUCACCAGCCAGAGAACCGGCCUCUACGGGCGUCUCCUCGUGACAUUCCAGCCCAGGAAGUGGGAUUCGGACGCCGAGCUGCCCUCCAACAGCUUUGGGCCUGGGGACAUCGUGGGGCUCUAUGAGUCAGCUGCGCAGGGGGACCCGCUGUGCACGUGCGUGGUGACACGUGUCACCCCCAAGGCAGUGACGGUGGCCCUGGAGGAGCCCCGGGAUGGGGAACUGGCCGUGGACCACGAGCGCUCCUUCCGCCUGCUCAAGCUGGCCAACGACGUCACCUACAACAGGCUCAAAAGAGCUUUAACUGCACUCAAGCAGUACCGUGGUGGCCCAGCCUCCGACCUGAUCGAUGUCCUCUUCUUUGCCUCUGCUCCCAGGGCGUUCCCUGAAACAAAACCUCUGGAGUUCUUCAAUGCCUCCCUGGAUGAGUCUCAGCAGGAAGCUGUGUCUUUCUCACUGGCUCAGAGGGAGCUCGCCAUCAUCCACGGGCCUCCCGGCACAGGGAAAACCACGACCCUGGUGGAGAUCAUCCUGCAGGCUGUGCAGCAGGGCCUGAAGGUGCUGUGCUGUGCCCCGUCCAACGUGGCUGUGGAUAACCUGGUGGAGCGGCUGGCCGGCUGCGGGGCGCGGCUGCUGCGGCUGGGCCACCCCGCCCGCCUGCUGCAGCCCAUCCAGCAGCACUCCCUGGACGCCGUGCUGGCCCGAGGGGACAACGCCCAGAUCGUGGCUGACAUCAGGAGGGACAUGGACCAGGCAUGGGCAAAAACCAAAAAGGCCCAAGACAAAGGAGAGCGAAGCCAUUUUCUGGGUGAGAUUAAAACCCUGAGGAAGGAGCUGAAGGAGCGAGAAGAGGCUGCCAUGGCUACAGCCCUCAGCCAGGCCAGUGUUGUCCUUGCCACCAACACAGGUGCUUCCUCAGACGGCCCCCUGAAGCUGCUGCCUGAAACCCACUUUGACCUGGUGGUGAUUGAUGAGUGUGCCCAGGCUCUGGAAGCCAGCUGUUGGAUCCCUCUGCUGAAGGCUCCCAAGUGCAUCCUGGCGGGGGAUCACAAGCAGCUGCCCCCCACCAUCAUCUCCCACAGGGCUGCAGCCGAGGGGCUGUCCCUGAGCCUGAUGGAGCGGCUGGCCGGGCACUACGGGGAGCAGGCGGUGCGGAUGCUGACGGUGCAGUACCGCAUGCACCGGGACAUCAUGGAAUGGGCGUCCUUGGAGCUCUACAGCGGCCGGCUCAGCGCACACCCCUCUGUGGCACAGCACCUGCUCAGGGACCUGCCGGGCGUCUCCUCCACAGAAGAGACCAGCAUUCCCUUGUUGCUCAUAGACACCGCUGGCUGUGGCCUGUUUGAGCUGGAAGUGGAGGAUGAACAGUCCAAGGGGAAUCCAGGGGAGGUCCAGCUGGUGGGGAUGCACGUCCAGGCCUUGGUGGAUGCUGGUGUGAAGGCCAAGGACAUCGCUGUGGUGGCCCCCUACAACCUCCAGGUGGACAUGCUCCGACAGCACCUUUGCCACAGCCACCCCGAGCUAGAAAUUAAAUCAGUGGAUGGUUUCCAAGGAAGGGAGAAGGAGGCAGUGAUCCUGUCCUUUGUCAGAUCCAACAGGAAAGGUGAGGUGGGCUUCCUGGCCGAGGAGCGGCGGAUCAACGUGGCGGUGACGCGGGCACGGCGCCAGGUGGCUGUGGUGUGUGACAGCCACACCGUGGGCAGCCGCCCCUUCCUGCGGCGCCUCCUGGACCACCUGUCCCAGCACGGCCUCGUGCGCUCCGCCUUCGAGUACCUGGAUGACCUCGUGCCCCAAAACUACCCCGGGGAGGGAUGUGCCCAGCGCCAGCAGGGCCCCAAAACACUGGGCCCCAAAGCAAGGCCAGCUCCGGCUGGGAAGCUCAAGGCGGCGGCAGCCAGAGCAGGGAGCCAGAAACCAGGAACACGGAGCUCCCCGAGCACUGCCGGAGCUGGGAGAGAUGGCUCAGGGUCAAAGGAGGGUGGGGACAAGUUCAGGGCCAUGCUGGAGGCCUUCCUGGUGAGCAGCAAUGUGCAGCUGGAUUUCCCGACAUCCCUGAAUUCCCACGAGCGGAUGCUGGUUCACGUGCUGGCUGAGGAGUACGGGCUGCAGCACCUGAGCUCUGGGGAGGGCCGGGACAGGUACAUCAGCGUCCGCAAGAGACUCCCCAAGCAGCCCCUGCUGCCCUCUGAGCCCCCGCUGCCCUCUGAGCCCUCGCUGUCCUCCGAGCCCCCGCUGCCCUCCGAGCCCCUUCCCGAGCCCCAGCAUCCCAGCGGGAACACCCCUGACCCUGUGGAGCCAGAAGAAGGCAACAAGGGCUCAGGGAAAGUGGACCUGAAAUCCCUGCACCUGGAGAGAGUCCAGAGGGAGAAAGCCAGGCGGGAGGAGGCAGCGAGGAAGGUGCAGGAGCCCAGCCGUGGCAGCAGGAAAAAGGACAAGAGCGAAGCCAAAGGAAAACCAGUGAUCGGGAGCGCAGCCGGAGAGGAUUUUGACGCUCUGAUCGCCGCUGCCAUUGAAGCUGACAGGACCUGUGGCUUCCCCCGUUGCAAGGCCUCUGUCACCACCCUGGGCCAGAUCUGCCACCACUGCCAGCGGCUCUUCUGCCUCAGCCACCACAUCCCCGAGGUCCAUGGCUGUGGGGAGAAGGCCAAGGCCCAUGCACGGCAGCGGAUCAGCCGGGAAGGGGUCCUGUAUCCCGGGAGUGGCUCCAAGGACAAAUCCCUGGAUCCCGCCAAGCGAGCCCACCUCCAGCGGCGCCUGGACAAGAAGCUCAGUGAGCUGACGAGCCAGAGGAAGGGCAAAAGGAAAGACAAGGAGAAAUGAGGGACCCGAAUCCUGCUUUUUUAACCUCAAAGCCACAGCUCAGCCCCUCCGGGGCAAAGCUGCUGGGUGGAAUAGGGGCUCCAUUUUGUGGGGAAAACCUGGAGCUGGGAGCCUGCCUGAGGUGCAGGGCCGAGGCAGGGGAGGGAGAGCUGCUGUAUUGUCCUGGUUAUCCAUAUGGACAGGGUGAUGGAUGCACUCAGUGGCCAGAGCACGCUGGUAAAACGGGCAAUAAACACCC